AUGUCACGGCAGUUGAGGUUCAAGAUCAUCCAUGCCUUUUCUGAUUACUUUUACUUAGAUUGUGGGCAUGCUGGGCAGUGGGUGGGUGAUAAUGGGAAUGGGAAUAGCUGUUGUGAUCCAUUUAAUACAUGGCAAAAGAUAUGCUUGACUGAUACGCAGAAGGGGCUCAUGUUGGGAGUAUGGCCAUGUGCAGCUUUGUCUGUUGAGCUGUUCUGGUCCAGACCAGGAGGUGACGUCUCCAACACUCUUCCUCAGCUUCACAAUGUCACAUACCACUUUAAUCAGUGUGGUGUUAGUGCGAUUGCAUUACAGCCUGAGUGGUGUGCUUUGAGAGCUGGGGCUUGUGACCUGUUCGCAUGA